UUACCGAUUCCGUCACUGUACACAACAAUAAUUUUUUUGUGACCUCCACCAUCUACAACAUUCAAAACAUCACAGGCCAGUUAUCAUCUUACUGUCAUUGAAUAACCACACACAUAAUAGCCUAUCCAUAGUUGGCUCAGUAUUUUCGAUUGAAAAUUUAUAUUUAAAUUAAUUACGAGAGAGUGAUUAGACAGUGUGAUAAGGAUGAUCUUAGCUUCAAUUAUUUUGGUUUGUUUAACCGCAAACGUUUGUCUGGCCGGCAAUGCAGCCAACACGCAAAAGGUUCCACCGGCAACUCCAAUUCCACAAAUUCCAGUCGACUCAAAACCGACACAACUGCCACCACCAGAUGCCGACUAUUGGGACAACGACGAUUUUGUGCCAUUCCAGAGCAAUCGUCACGACGAAUUCGAUUGGAGGCUCACGAAGGCCCUCAUGCUGUCCGAUCCAUCCAACAUGAUCUUAUCGCCAUUUUCUGUUAAAUUAUUGCUGUCACUUCUGUCGGAAGCUGCCGGUCCCGAAACGAGUACACACAAGGAAUUGGCUGCUGUUCUGCCCAGCAUUCAAACGAUCAUUCAGGCGAGAGAAUUGUAUGGGAAAAUAUUUGGAUCGCUGUUGGAAAAAAGCCCAAAUUAUGAACUGAAAAUUGGAACCAAAAUUUACGUCGACCAGUCCAUCAAUCCUCGUCAACGGUAUGCGGCUAUAAUGGAAUCGUACUACUUUACCAAAGUGGAAAAGAUCGACUUCUCCAAAGCUACCGAAUCAGCCAAGAUUAUCAACGAUUGGUGUGCGAAUAUCACCCAGAAUCACAUCAAAGAGCUGGUCAAGAGUGACGAUGUCGAGGAAUCGGUGAUAAUCAUGUUGAAUGCACUGUACUUUAACGGCUACUGGCGUCGCCCGUUCCCGAUCAAUGAAACGGUUCAAUUACCCUUUUAUGUGACACCGACCACACAAGUUAAGACUACAUUCAUGGCUGUGACCGACACCUUUUACUACAUGGAAUCACAGCCGCUGAAUGCGAAAAUCCUCCGUUUGCCGUAUAAAGGACGUAAAUUCUCGAUGACCAUCAUUCUACCGAAUGCCAAAGGUGGAUUGGACGAAAUGAUCCGUCAAAUGGAAAGUUCGACUUUGCAUCGCGCCCAAUGGCUCAUGUCUGAACUGGAAGUUCGCGUUGAAAUUCCCAAAUUUAAAUUUGAUUUCACAUCAAAAUUGAACGACGUUUUGCAGGACAUUGGAAUCAAAUCAAUUUUCACCAAUGAAGCCUCACUGCCUGCACUAGCUCGUGGUGCAGAUGUUGCCGGACGAUUACAAGUAUCUAAGAUUUUGCAAAAGGCUGGCAUUUACGCCAACGAACAGGGAAGCACCGUUUAUGUGGCCACAGAAGUCUCCAUUGUUAAUCGAUUCGGCGGCGACAAUACCCGUGAAUUUAUCGCCAAUCGGCCAUUCGUUUUCAUAAUUGAGGACGAAACGACUGGUACAUUGCUGUUUGCCGGAAAAGUGACGAAUCCCAGCGCAUUCACUGUAUAGAAUUAGGAAAUUCGAAGGAAGAACGGAGCCAUUUUGACUUUGCAAUUAUUUUUUUAAACAGUACGAAAGCACAGACAUAAGGGACGACUUUUUGUACCAUUUAUUGUUCCGACGAAAUCCGUUCAUGGAAAUUAAAUCGAGUGUUUUAGUGAA